AUGGGAUGUGGCUGUGUGAAGGAAUCUGCCGUGGAACCAGGGCAGCCAGUGCAUGAUGGCACUACAACUGGAAGGACCAUCAAGGUGGGUGGUUUCAAAGGCGGCCGCCCUACAUUGGCGGAAUUGCAGAAGUUGAACAUCCCAGGCCUAGAUGAGCAAUUGGGCAGCGAUAAAAAGGCCUUUGGAAGUGACCAGACUUCCGGAAAAGGCCUCCGCUCUGGCGCAAGUUGCUUGGAAGUUUUGGAGAAGCGAUCUGUACUUGUGGCUGUGAGGGCGCGUCCUCUGAAUGAUCGAGAGAAGACGGCCGCAUCGGGGGAGUGCCUGACUUUUCAGGAUGCCACAGGCUUAACCCUGCACCGAGAUGAUGACAGAGAACAUCGCUUCGCCUUUGAUUGCGUGAUGUCUCAAGAUGUUGGUCAGCGCGAAGUAUACGACAGGACAGCACGACCAUUGCUGCACAAAGUCCUAGAAGGCUACAAUGGCUGUUUAUUUGCAUAUGGCCAGACUGGCUCGGGCAAGACCUUCACCAUGCAAGGUGCAGGGGACCAGCGCGGGAUCAUCCCCACACUUUGCACAGAGCUUUUCAAUGAGAUUCAGGAGUCUGCAGAGAAGAAACACAUUACAGUGGUUUGCAGCGUUCUCGAAAUCUACAACGAGAAGGUGAAGGACUUGUCUGUGGAUUCCAGUGAUGACCUAACGAUCCGUGAAGACAGCUCACAAGGUGGUCGGGGCAUUCACGUCGAAGGAUUGACAGAGGUUCAAGUUCGAAGUUGCGAAGAGGUUUUGGACUGUAUUGCCAAGGCUCAGCAAAGAAGAGCUGUUGGUAAGACCAACAUGAACGAACACAGCUCUCGUUCCCACUCGGUGGUGACGCUCCGAGUGGGUGCUUGCGAUUGUGACGAUGUGGAUGCAGCCACGCUGACGGUAUCAAAGCUUCAUCUCAUUGAUUUGGCCGGAAGUGAGCGGCAAAAGGCGACAGGUGCCACUGGGGAUCGCUUGAAGGAAGGUGCUCAGAUCAAUUUGUCGCUGUCUGCAUUGGGGAACGUUAUCAAUGCCCUCACUGAGAAGACUUCAGGAGGUGGUCGGCAUGUGCCCUACCGUGACUCCAAGCUCACACGCUUGUUGCAGGAUUCACUUGGGGGAAACUCCUACACAGUCAUUAUUUGUAACGUCUCUCCAGCCAAGAUCAACGCAGAAGAAACCUUGUCCAGUCUCAGAUUUGCCGAGCGUGCCAAGAAGAUUGAAAACAAGGCCGUGGUGAAUCGUGACCCUAAGGGCGAGCGGAUUUUGGAGUUGCUCCAAGAGAACAAAGCGUUGCGCGCCAAAGUUGCCAGGUUGGAAGCUCACAUUGAUCGACUUGAAAUGUACUACGACAAGUGA